AUCGUGUCCUGAAAACCGUCGCGGGUCCACACUACCGUCCAAUCACCAGGUCGCUAGCAGACUCCGAUUACCGGCAGUUCCUCCCGCACCUUGACAUCCAAGACUACAUCGGAACCCCCUAGAUAACAACCUUUACCUCCAUUUCUCUCAUGACAGAUCUACUUGUCAAUGUCCAUGAGGGCUUGAAGCCUCUGGGACCAGAUGUUUCCAUGGUUACAGGGAGCUACCAGUAUUUUCACUAUGGCUGUGAUGGUCAGGAUGACAGGGGCUGGGGUUGUGGAUACAGGACCCUGCAGACAAUCUGUUCAUGGAUAAGAAAUAAGUGGCUUGAAGACGGGAAGUCCUCAUCACUGAGAGACGUUCCAUCUCUGCCAGACAUACAGGCCGCUCUUGUUGCUAUGCAGGACAAACCAGACAGUUUUUGUGGAUCCAAGCAGUGGAUUGGCACUUUCGAAAUCUUCCUUUGUAUAGACCAUUUUUACAAUGUUCCUUGCAGGAUCGUCCACGUCCAUCAAGGAUCUGAGCUGGACUCCCACAUGGAGGAGCUGUACGAACACUUCACUAAGACCGGUUCUCCUGUCAUGAUGGGUGGUGAAAGUGAUAAUUCCUCAAAGGGAAUUCUAGGAGUAUGCAGAGAGCCAAUGUCUUUGCUAGUACUUGAUCCUCACUAUUAUGGUAAAACACCAGAUAAGGAAGCUCUCCAGCAGGCUGGGUUUGUGAAGUGGGUUCCACUGGACGCAUUUCACCAACAAUCAUUCUACAAUCUUUGUCUACCUUUACCACACAGAUCCUGACAUGUCUUUAAUAGGAGGUCAUGCAGCAUGUUCUGUUACUAACAUAAUUUCUGUGUAAUAAAUUAUUCCUUCUUUUC